AUGGAUUACCAGGAGUGCAGGACGUUUGGCAGCGGAGUGGUGGCUCCGUUUAAGGGGGACUGGUACCAUGUCAGGACGUCCUGUUCCUUCAUCGUCACACGCUUCACACAUCAAGCCGUGCAGGUUGACGUCACCGCCCAGCGAGGACUCAAAGGGCUCAUGAGCUACGUGUCCAUCGUCAUCAACAAGAUUAGGACCAUUGUCGAUCUGGAUGGAAAAAUCACAGUGGAUAAGAACAUGGUGUCGCUGCCGUACGACCACACCUACCAGCACAUCUUCCCUUACGGAGCUUACACCAGGCUGAGCAGCACAGUGCUGCCCCUCACCAUCACCUGGCACAGCAGCAGCCAGGGCAUCAGCUCCCUCUGGGACUGCCAGCGUGUCAUGUCUAUCAGCCUUGGCUGCAUAGGCAUGAAGACGAAACACUACUUCCACCUCUGUCGAAAGAAUUCCUUCGGCCAGGCAUCUAACCUCAACGUCACCUGCCCAUUCUACAGGGACCUGGCACACAUGUGUGGACCGGGCACCGCCACCUGGAACGAGUGGAGAGACUUCACUUCUUGUCCUGAGUUGAUGUGCCCAGGAGACCUGACCUUUCAGGAGUUGGGCAAUGCCUUCAUCCCCACUUGCUCGAAUCCCAAACCCAGAACCUGCCCUCAGGACAUGACCAGCACCUGCGUCUGUCCCCCAGGAAUGCUGCUGAAUGACCGCGAGGAGGGCCACCGGUGUGUGAGCCUAUCAGAGUGCCCCUGUGUGCACUACAACAAGGUCUACCCGCCGGGAUCCAACAGAACUACCAAGUGUCAGAACUGUUUGUGUGUGAAUGGGAGGUGGCACUGCACAGACGACAUUUGCGAUAAGAAAUGCUCCAUCGAGUCCCAGUUUGUGAAGACGUUUGAUGGCAAGCACUUCAGGAUUCCCGGCAGAUGCAGCUACGUGGCAGCUCAGGGUGCCAACUGGACAAUGCUCAUUCACUUUGAUGACCAAAGCAUCAAACUGAAGAAGGUGGAGAUUCACCAUGAUGGUGUAAGCAUCGUGUUCUGGCAGUCCUCCAUGUAUGUUCAGAUUAUUUGCCACUCAGGUCUCUCCAUUCAAGUACAGAUGUCCCCAGAAAUUCAGGUCUACUUGUAUUUGCCAGAUUCACAACGCGAAACUACCUCAGGCCUUUGUGGGAACUUCAAUGGAGAUUCUGGAGAUGAUUUCACCACCAGCAGUGGAAUAGUGGAGAACUCCGCCAAAGCCUUUGCCCUCUCCUGGUCUCUUGGCGCCUGUACACCUGACAUUAACCCGAUCUGCACGGACAUGGACAAAGAAAUGUUUGCUGAACAGCAUUGUAAGGUGCUGAAGGACUACAGUGGCGUCUUUAGCUCCUGCCAUCCAUAUGUUCCCUAUGAGAAAUACUAUGAGGCUUGCUUGGCCAGAACCUGCCAGUGCCACUCUGUGCCCCAUUCGUGCCUCUGCGUUGCCCUGGGUAACUACGCCAAAGCCUGUGCCUAUGUCGGGAAGCCAGUGGGUGACUGGAGAAUGGAAACCAACUGCAGUGAGUUUCCCCAUCGUGCCACACUGCUAUUGUACAGCAACAUCUCAUCGGUGAUGUGCACGGCCAACCAGGUCUUCUCCUACAGUACGAGUUCGUGUAAUCGUACAUGCCACAGUGUGACGGGCCCUGACCCCACCUGUAUGAUGAUGGACGGCAGCGGCAUGGAGACAGAGAUGGCCGUUGCACCCGUGGAGGGCUGCGGGUGCCCGGCAGGAAGCUACCGGAACAGCCUGGGCUCCUGUGUCCCCACGUCGCUGUGCGACUGCUACAGUGGGGGCAUGACUGUCCCACCAGGGCGAUCCACCAUCAACGGCUUAUCAUGGGGGGAGUGUGUUUCCGCCAAUAACUGCACCUGUAUGUUCAGUGGGACCAUUUAUGGACCUGGUGAAAGUGUUAAGAGCGACUGUAAAACAUGCACUUGCACUGGAGGGCGCUGGCACUGCAGUGGGGAGCCGUGCCCAGGAAAGUGUCAAGUCUUUGGGAACGGGCACUACCAGACCUUCGACCACAAGUGGUACAGCUUCAAUGGAAACUGCGAGUACACCCUGGUGGAGGAUGACUGCGGGAGUGGAAUAGGUACGUUUGCAGUCAGAGUGGAGAGUAUUCCCUGCUGCGAUGAAGAGCUCACCUGCUCACGCACCAUCACUCUAGACAUGGACAACGGCAUGUACCUGACGUUUGACCAGUCAAACAUGUCCGCCAUGCACUACAAGAAGAGUGGCUCCGGAAUUCUGGUGGAGAAGGUGGGGCUGUACAUAGUGGCGUCUGUACCUUCCCUGGGACUCACACUCAUUUGGGAUAGAAACACGCGUCUCACUGUGCUACUGGCCCGCCGCUGGAAGGACAGAGUGUGCGGUCUGUGUGGGAACUAUGACGCCAGCGAAGCCAAUGAUCUGCAAGGCCUCAGUCCGCUGGAGUUUGGCAACAGCUGGAAGACGGGCACGCCACCCUGCUCCGACGUGAGAAACGAGACCUUCCCCUGCGAGACCCACUCCUACUGCUCCCACUGGGCACAGAGACGCUGCAUGAUCAUCACGGGAGACACCUUCAAGGCGUGCCACCUCAAGGUGGACCCUGGCCCCUACUAUGCGGCCUGUGUGCUGGAAGCCUGUGCCUGCCAGUUUGAGGGCAGAUUCCUGGGCUUCUGCACUGCUGUAGCAGCGUACGCUGAGGCCUGCAGUGAGCAAGACGUCUGCAUACGCUGGAGGACACCGGACCUCUGUCCUGUGUUUUGCGACUACUACAACAAGGAGGGCCAGUGCACCUGGCACUACGACCCCUGUGGAAAUGUCCCGACAUGUGGAACCGAUUACUUCAAGGGGAAACUGGAAGGCUGUUUCCCUAGAUGUCCAGCAGAGACGCCCUACUAUGACGAGAAAACAGGCCAGUGCUUGAGGAAUUGCACACCGGACUGUCCUGGGAAUCCAGGUCGCUGUGAGGUCUGGUCAGACCCCCACUACAUUACCUUCCAUGGCACGUACUACAGAUUCAUGGGGGCCUGCACCUACACGCUGGUCCAAGAGCGAGUGCCGCAGUACAACUUCAGUGUCAUGGUGGACAAUGCUCAUUGCUUCGGGAAGACGACUGUCAGCUGUGCCAGAGGGGCCAUGCUGAACAACGACACUGUAGAUUCCCACCUUGAGAAAUACGGAAUCCGUUUUGAUGUUGGACCAGGCAGUGUGUCCGUCUACAUUGACCAAAUCCGCUCCCAUAUUUCCAUGGCGACUGGUGCUCGAGUGACCAUCACCUUGGGAAUGGAAUACUUCCAGAACAACACAGAAGGACAGUGUGGUGUGUGUGGAGGUGCCUCCUGUGUGCGCCCUAGUGGUCAGGUGGAGGAAGACUACUGCUGUCCAGAGACAGCAUAUGACUGGAUCGUCCCCGACCCGCGCAAACCCAUGUGCAACAAUGCGCCGCGAAACGUGUCCUGUGAUGUUACUCCUCCCCCACCAACCACACUCUGUCCUGCUGUCUCUGUCUGUGACAUUCUUUAUGGCCCAGUGUUUGAGGAGUGUCGAAGGCUUGUGGAUCUGUCCCGGCUGUACGAGAGCUGCCGCUUUGAUGUGUGCAACACUUUGCCAAACGUCUCUUGCAGCUCAUUCGCUCAAGCUGCUGAACUGUGUCAAAGUGUGGAUGUCUGUGUUGAUUGGUGCGAACACACCAACGGCGCUUGUGAUUGCUAUGUAGACCGUGCCUCAGACAUAGCAUUCCUCCUGGAUGGCUCAGGCAGUGUCUCCUUUGACGAUUUCCAGACCAUGAAAGACUUUGUGAUAGAUCUAAUCAAGAAGCUUCCACAGAUGAAGUUUGCCGUCGCCCAAUAUGCCAGCGGAACAAUCACCCACUUCAAUUUCAACCAAUUUAACAGCUCUGGGAUGUUUGAGAGCCAGAUCAACGGUAUCACACAGAUCUCCGGUGGGACCAACACUGCAAGGGCAAUUUGCACUGUUGUGGACACGCUGUUUGUGCCCGCGGCAGGAUUGAGAAAUUUUACCACUCGUGUCCUCAUUGUCAUCACCGAUGGUCAGUCAUCAGAUAGUCUCCAGCUUCCAGACUGUGUAGCUGAGGCAGAGGCAGAGGACAUCACCCGAUACGCCAUUGGGGUUGGACAAGCUUUUAACAGACCCGACGCUCGGAAGGAGCUCGAGACGAUUGCAUCAUCUGUGGACAACCAUGUUUUUCAUGUGAACAAUUUUGAUGCUUUGGAGAGCAUCAGCGUGGCUUUAGGAAGGACCAUAAGAGAUCAAUGCCCUAUGAAAACCACUGUUCCACCCACUCAUCAUCCACCCACUACAACUCCUGUGACAACCACAAUGACAACCACUACAAUUACCAUGGAAACAACAACUACCACCCUUCCCCCCACUACAACUCCAACACCUUCAACUACCAUGACAACCACCCUUCCCCCCACUACAACCCCAACACCUUCAACUACCAUGACAACCACCCUUCCCCCCACUACAACCCCAACACCUUCAACUACCAUGACAACCACCCUUCCCCCCACUACAACCCCAACACCUUCAACUACCAUGACAACCACCCUUCCCCCCACUACAACCCCAACACCUUCAACUACCAUGACAACCACCCUUCGCCCCACUCUUAGGGUUAUCACCCAGUCCACAGCUAAGGCUAUUACAUCCGAAAUGUAUUGGAAUACCACCACUCCUCCGAUUACCACCCCUCCGUGCGGUUGCCUUGACUCAAAUAAUGUGCGCCGACGCGUUGGUGAGAUAUGGAUGGAAUCUUGCCGUACAUUGGAGUGUCUUGAUGGAGGAGUUGUGAAGAUGACACCUGUCCCCUGUCCGGAGCUUACGACACCUGCCUGCCCUGGUGGCAAGGUGGUCACAGUGAUGGGGGAAUGCUGUGCAAUGAGGAAGUGUUUUUGUGAAUGUGUAGUUUCGGGCGAUCCCCACUAUUACACUUUCAGCGGCCUAAACUAUGACUUUAUGGGGGCCUGCACCUACACACUGGUGCAAGAACGACAUGGAAUGACCGGACUGGCCUUUAGCAUUGUUGUGGACAAUGAAUUCUGCUUUGGCAUACCCACUGUGAGCUGUGCUAAAGGAAUAUUGAUAACCUUCCGAGGAUUCCUCAUCCAUCUCAUACUGGAUUCGUUUUUUGGCACUCCAUACGUCACACUGAACGGUUCCAGAGUGAACCCCCCCGCCAAUCUCGAAUUCUUUGUUUUUGAGAACAUUCCCAACGGGGUGUCUGUUCACAUUGUGCAGCCUGGUAUCUACGUCUCAAUGCAGACAGGAGGCCACGUCGUCAUCAGACUGAACUACCAAUUCUUCCGGAACAACACAGAGGGACAGUGUGGUGUGUGUGGAGGCCCCCCCUGUGUGCGGCCUAAUGGUAUGGUGGAGAAUGAUGACUGCUGUCCAAUGACUGCAUAUGACUGGAAGGUUGAUGACCCAACUAAGCCCAUGUGCAAAAAUGCCUCGCGAAACGUGCCUUGUGGUCCUCCUCUUCCACCCCCCACUCCCUGUCCUGAGUCCGAUGUCUGUGAUAAAAUCUUUGAUAUCAUUGACAAGUGUGAAUCGGACAUAUCUGUGGAGGAUGUGGAGGCCUUGAUGAAGAACUGCAGGUUUGAUGUCUGCAACAUCCCCAACAUCACCUGCUUUUACUUGGAGAGAGCAGCAGAGCUUUGCCCAGAGUGCAUCAAGUGGCGUCAUCUCGUCAACGGCAUGUGCAAUGGGUCCUGUGAAAAUGGAAUGGUCUACGAGGAAUGCCGUGAGGUAUCGGACGACCACUGCUGUGGAAGUGUGCGUGCUCCAGGACGUAGCUUCAUUGAUCCACAUUCUGGCUGCUUCUGCCCUAAGAACCAGGCACGAGCUGGGCCACACGGACAGUGUGUGGACAUCUGCACUGACUGUCAAGACCCCUAUGGCUAUCCAAAGCAGCCGGGCGACACAUGGGAGGUCGACUGUAACAUCUGUACCUGCGACAACCUCACCAGAAGCACCCAGUGCGUGAAGAGGCCCAUCAUCCACCCAAUUUGCCUCCCGGGCUCCACUGUCACUCCGACAGGCUGCUGUGGGGACCAAACCUGCACACCUUUGCCUGGUGAAGACCUUUUUUGUUGA